CCCCCCUCCUGACCUGUCCACUCCCCGCGUCCCACCAACUUCCCCACCACACCCCGUUCAUUCCCCACUCCACUCCGCUCCUCCCCCACUCGAGCCGAGCGCCGCCGCAGCCAUGGCCCUCACCGCCCGCGCCUCCGCCGUGGCGUGCCUCCUCCUCGCGCUCGCCGCCUCCGCCGCGGGCGCGGGCUCCCACUCCCCUGCCCCGGCGCCGGCGGUCGACUGCUUCGCAGCGGCCUCGAGCCUGAUCGACUGCAUGGGCUACGUCUCCCCCGGGAGCACGGAGAAGACCCCGUCCAAGGCCUGCUGCGGGGAGGUCAAGACCGCCGUCGCCAACCCCACCACCGUCAGCUGCCUCUGCACCCUCGCCGGCUCCAAGGACUUCCCCGUGCCCAUCGACAUGAAGCGCGUGCUCGCGCUCCCCGGCGCCUGCGGCGCGUCCAACGCCGCCUUCAGCAAGUGCCACAUUUCCGCGGGUUCUCCGACCGGAGCACCUGCGCCAUCUGCUACCGGAGGAUCAUCGAGCGGGGGGGCGACCACGACACCACCACCGCAACCGGCAGCGGCGAGCUCUCCGACGACGGCGACCGCCCUCGUGGCCGCCGUGGCGGCCCCGCUGCUCGCCUACUGCUACCUCUUCUGAGCUGGGGAUAUCUUCGUUCUGAUGCUUGAGCUGCGCGCCGUGCUGGCUGAGUGACCGCCCUUUAUUGUCGAGCUGCGCCAUGAUUCAGUUAAUCUGUUGUCGAGACUGCUGUAAUGCUGUUACUUGAGCUGUUCUGCGGAGUGUUUGACGUGACUUCUCGUGCUGCCUUCGGUCGAUUUUGCCCGAA